ACCAUCUCAAUUGCAAAUUUUGGAAGCGUAAAAUGACUACAGAAAAAGGGGAGCAGUUGAGACAACAACUGAUAGCGGCGGUGGUAAAGAAACGAGCGGCGAUUGCGAGAGCCCAUGAAAUCGUGGUGCGGCUUUUGGAGCCCGGAAUACCGGAGCCCGAGUUCCUGUCCCUGCUCUGUGAGAUUGGCCCCCCAAAUUAUUCAGACAUAGUGGAUGAGCGGGAAAUAAACAAACUUUGCGGAUAUCCACUUUGUUCGACAGUUCUAGAAAACGUUCCCAAGCAAAAGUACAGUAUCUCCGCUUCCAAAAACAAAGUAUACGACAUCACAGAACGCAAGAAAUUCUGUUCCGGAUACUGUUUUAAGGCCUCCGAAUAUAUUAAGUCACAGGUGCCCACAUCGCCAUUGUGGCUGCGAGAUAGGGAGACGAGACCCAGCUUUCAGCUGCUACCACGAAAUACUUGACCAUCGAUAUACAUAGCUCUCAAAGCGUUUAUAUUUAUUUCGUAUAAGCAUUAAGACCAUUUCUUCAUU